CACAUAGAAUCCAUCGUUUGACAUCAGGCCCACCAUGGUUGUCUUCUCUGUUCCAGCGGCAUUCAUCGCCGUCUCGUCCCUUCUUUCGCUUAGCACCAAUGGUUCUCCUGUCGUUCCUGCAGUAAGGGAUGCCGAAGGGCUGACUGCUCGUGCUGAUACCUUUGCCAUUACUGGCGUUAGCGGCUCUGUACAGCCGCGUCUGGAAAUACGGACUUUGGCCCAAGACUCCGUGUCGUGGAAUCUAUUCCUUCUCGCGAUGGACAGAUUCCUGAACACAAACCAGAAUGAUAUGCUGUCGUUUUACAAAGUUUCUGGAAUUCAUGGUGUGCCCUUCGAAAACUGGGAUGGAGUCCCCGGUGCUCCAAGUGAUUGGUCGGGGUAUUGCCCGCACGGUUCAAACUUGUUUGGAUCGUGGCAUCGUCCUUUCAUUGCGCUUCUGGAGCAAGUUUUGAACUCGCACGCAGUCGCCAUUGCUGGAGAAUUCCCAACAGGCACUAUGAGGUCCGCUUACCAAGCAGCUGCUGCCAAGCUGAGGUUCCCCUAUUGGGAUUGGGCGACCAAUUCCGUCAACGGAAACAUCUUGCCGGGAUCUGUCUCGGAGCCGACUGUCUCAGUGAGCUUUCCAAAUGGCACCACUGGUCAGAUACACAAUCCUUUGUAUAGCUACCGUUUCCACCCUCACGACCCUAGCAUCGGUGGCGCACCUCAAAACCAGUGGCCGGAGACGAUCCGCGCUGGAACAACCAGUGACAUGGCCUCAAUAACUCAAAUGGGUCAACUGGAAGUCAUUUUCAAGUCUGGACACAGUGCGGUGCAGAAUUCAGUAAGCCGAAUCUUCGGCCACUACAGCGGGUGGUCCAGCUCCGUCAACAGCAUAGAAUCCGUCCACAACACCAUUCACAGCUCCUUCCAAUACAACUCGGACAUGUACUCCCUGGCCUACUCUGCCUUCGACCCAAUUUUCUGGCUGCAUCAUUGUAACGUCGACAGACUCAUAGCAUUGGUGCAGGCAAUCUGGCCACAAAGUUACGUUCAACCAGCACAGCAAAAGGGAUCUACUUGGACUAUCAAGAGAGGCAGCACACAGGACGUCAACUCUCCCUUGACUCCCUUCCACAGGGACACUAAAGGUACUUUCUGGACUUCUGCUUCCGUCCGGGACACCAAAGUCUUUGGAUACACCUAUCCGGAGCUCGUUGGCAACCCCAGCAACAGCAGCUUGAUAAGCACGGUCAAGAACAUGUACCCACCCAGCUCCGGUUUGGCUGCCAGCAACACUGCGAGCACUGCCAACGUUGACGGUGUUGGAAACACUCCCAUUGACUACGUCGCCAAUGUCACGCUUGCUCGCGGGGCGCUCGGAGAUUCUUACGCGGUCGAAUUCGCACUCGGCAACCCUACCUCAGAUGCUACGACGUGGAGCUUGGAUCCCGGAUUCGUUGGCUCGGUUGCGGCGCUCGCUGUCACGGGUGUGCAGAGCGACGCUUUGAGCUCAGACACUGUCAUGUUGACGCAGGCGCUGCAGAGCGCGUUCGACUCUGGUGAACUGGGUAGUGCGAACGAGGACGAUGUGCUUGACUACAUGAAGAAAAACCUGCGCUGGAGAGUCCUUAAGGGCAACACUGUCGUCCCGGUAGAGGAAGUUCCACACCUCAAGAUUGAUGUGCUCAGCACUAAGGUCAGACCUGCGAAGAGCGAAAGCGAGUUCCCGGCGUGGGUGGGAGACAUGACUUCCCACCCGGAUAUUAAUGGUGCUGAGUAAUUGUCUUUGGCUCGCCAGGGAGAUAAUGGGGUGAGCUGAGGCGCUGUUGAUGAUAAGUCUCACCAAAACGUACAUUGGCUC